AUGCAACUCGUUUCUCUCUUCGAGGUCUCAGCGCUCGUAGGCCUUGUUUUCUCCCAAUUCAUGGUCCCGGUUCCCUGGUACGUCUCAUCAGUGACUAUAGGGAACAUUCGGCAUGGGACUGGCGGCUUCUGGAAUUUAAACAUUUCGGAUACUCCCACACUAGCGCCACAAGGCUUCAAUACAUCAUGUGCCUACUAUAACCCCACAACCUACAUCUUCGCUCUCGAUGGCGCACCCUACAAGGCCCCCUGCGCGAAUCCUAACGUCACAUUUGGAUUAUUCCCCAAUGGUGGAUGUGGAUUCACAUUGAAUGUUACACACACCUAUGGCGACUGCAGCCUGUGA